UCCCUAACAUACAAUUAUACUGACAGUACAAAUAGAGGCACACUGUAGGGCUCCUGCCACUUUGAGAAAUUCCUCCAACAGAACCAUGACUGGACGCGUUGCUUUGGUGGGACUUCUGCUCAUCUGUAUGGCUGCAGGUGCAUACGGGAUUUGUGGGGAACCCAGAGAGGCCGUGUGUAUUACAUAUCAGGAUCGGCUUUUGUGCCCGGUGACAUUUCUACCGGUGUGUGGCACUGAUGGAGUAACAUACCUAAACGAGUGUGAACUGUGCAGGGCAAGGAUUACCAAUAACCUGGACACAUUAGUCGCAAAAGAAGGGGCAUGCGACAAACCCACCGAACCUGGCGAACCUGGAGAACCUGACAAAGGCGGCAACGCUAGCAGUUCUAAAAGUUCUUCUAAAGAAGAAGCUAACGAAUCUGACAAAGGCAGCAACGCUAGCAGUUCUAAAAGUUCCUCUUCUGAAGAAGCUAAUGAAUCUGACAAAGGCGGCAACGCCAGCGGUUCUAAAAGUUCCUCUUCUGAAGAAGCUAAUGAAUCUGACAAAGGCGGCAACGCCAGCGGUUCUAAAAGUUCCUCUUCUGAAGAAGCUAAUGAAUCUGACAAAGGCGGCAACGCCAGCGGUUCUAAAAGUUCCUCUUCUGAAGAAGCUAAUGAAUCUGACAAAGGCAGCAACGCCAGCGGUUCUAAAAGUUCCUCUUCUGAAGAAGCUAAUGAAUCUGACAAAGGCGGCAACGCUAGCAGUUCUAAAAGUUCCUCUUCUGAAGAAGCUAACAAAUCUGACAAAGGCGGCAACGCCAGCGGUUCUAAAAGUUCCUCUUCUGAAGAAGCUAAUGAAUUUGACAAAGGCGGCAACGCCAGUGGUUCUAAAAGUUCCUCUUCUGAAGAAGCUAAUGAAUCUGACAAAGGCGGCAACGCCAGCGGUUCUAAAAGUUCCUCUUCUGAAGAAGCUAACAAAUCUGACAAAGGCGGCAACGCCAGCGGUUCUAAAAGUUCCUCUUCUGAAGAAGCUAACAAAUCAGGAUCUGGUUAACUUCCCAUCAUGGAUGUUUGAAAUGGCAUAACUGUCCUCAGUUCUUUUGUCAUUGCAUUGAUUAAUAAACUUUA